GUGUUAAGAAGAUCUUCACACAUAUCUUGGAAUACAUUUCAUGGUAACAGAGCAAAAAUGGCAUUAAAAGACCAAUCUAAAAAGGGUGUUAUGGACACAAUUAGCUCUACAGCAAGCAAUCUGUUGAACCGGCAUUUUUACGAUUUAAUUUGGUCCAAAGAAUCAAGUACAGGACCAGUGAGUGAUAUCAACCACAAUAUCUGUGAUACCAGCUCAGGUACUGCAACGUUUUCUAUGCAAGAUGUAUCAGAACAUAGUGUUUCAGACUCUUGUUGGAUUGUGAUACGAGAUAAAGUCUACGAUAUAACUGAAUUUCUUAGCAAGCAUCCUGGUGGAGAAGAUAUCCUCUUAGAACAUGCAGGAAGAGAUGCCACACAUACGUUUGAGGACACAGGGCAUUCAAACGCAGCUUCCAACAUUCUACCUCAGUACUACAUAGGAGAAUUAAGACAGAUUGACAAAAUUGAUAAAAAAAAAUGAAAAUGGACCUUUGUUAUUGUAUAUAGAUCAUCUCACUUCAACCUUCUCAGUUACAAAAACGCAUUUAAAAACCAUCUUCAUUCAUUGCACAUCUUUAUUUCAAGACAUUCUGCAGUUCAUUAUUUUUAUCAAAUUGAAAAAAAAAACAUUCCGAAAUAAAACAUCUUUCAUGCAUAAAUA